AAAAAAACCUCACGACAGAUCGGAAAGAGUAAGCUUAUCAAGAAUCAUUGUUCAAUCAGACAAGAUCUUAAGUUGGAAUGAGAAGAGAAGUUUUUGAGUCGGUGAGCACCAAUGCUUCUAAUGAAAGGGUUCACGUGGCUCCCAAAAUAGCGGCAGAGGAACAAGAUUAUGAGGAGAAAGAAUGCACUGAGGAGAAUUCUCUCUCUCAGAAUCAUAAAUCUUCUAAUGUAAUCACAGAGAAUGAUUCGAAGAAGAAGAAUUUGGAUGAAGAGGAUGAUUGUUCUGUUGCUUCUUCGAUGAAGAAUGCUAAGUCUAAAGUAACUCAUGGAACCGCUCCACGAUUUAGGAGUGCUCAGCGCGCUGAGAAACGAAAAGAGUAUUACCAAAAGCUUGAAGAGAAACACCAAGCACUUGAAGCUGAAAGGAUCGAGCUCGAACAAAGACAAAAGGAAGAACAAGAAGCAGCUAUUAAACAGCUUCGGAAAAACCUUAAGUUUAAGGCUAAUCCUGUUCCUGACUUCUAUUACCAACGACCUCCCGUGAAACCAGAGCUUAAGAAGUUUCCUCUGACGCGUCCUAAGUCGCCGAAACUCAAUCUGUCCAGGAGAAAGAGUUGCAGCGAUGCGAUUACCUCGUCUGGUGAAGAGAAUUCGAACUCACAGAAUCGCCAGAGUGUGGUAGAAUGAUUGCUCUCAAAAAGCUUCCACGGAGUAAGAGGUUUCCAUAACCUAAUUUUACUAGACCGGAGAUAACCAAACUUUUAUUUCCGGUUAUUUAUGCUUCAACUUUGAACUGUGGUGAUCGAGGCGUAUGUCGAUCGUGAGAGACUUCAACAUUCAAUCAAUAACGAGCCAAGAUUCAGCAAGGAAGCAAAAGACUUCUUUCAAUGGAGGAAAUCAUGUGAAGAAGAGAUUGAUUCAGUCAACAAGAACAAGACAUGGUUCAUUGUUGACAAAACAAGUGAAAUAAAAGCGAUUGGUCUUAAGUGGAGAUUCAUCACUUUAAAUGGAUGGGAGAUUCAUCACUUUGAUGGGAAGACAUCUUUCUUACAUUGAGAGCUGAAGGAAGACGUGUGUAUUGAUCAAUAUGAAAUCUUUGAAGAACAUCAAGGAGAAGAUGGAAUCAAGAUUGAGCAAGAGGCGGAUAUCUUGACUAAGGCAUUGACACAGAUCAAGUUCAAGACAAUGAGAAGUUUGUUUGGAGUUCAAGACCUCUCUAAAGUUAACUUGAAGCUUAUGGGGGAGAAUGUUGGGUAAACUUCAAAGUUAACUUAAGGCCCAAGUAGUCUUUAAU